AUGUAUGUCAAACUACACACCACGAAGGAAAGUUCAGAAUCUGACCUAGAAUCUGAGAAAUCUACAGAGAUAAUACCUCAUAGGCUUCAAAUACCUGACUCAGUGAAGACAGUGAUAUGUAGAAUAGAAGAAUCUCAGCUAACUCGAGCCAAAGAGGACAUGAGAAUACAGCUUGAUGACAUAAUGCUGCAAGUGAAUCGGAUCAUAAAUCGCUACCAAGGAGAUAUUGAACUGAAUGCAUUCAGAAAAAAGAAAGACUCCUCCUUUAUAGAAAAAGAUUUCAAAAAAAAUCGAGCCAGCACAAUGGAGGAAAUACACCACUGUAUGCAUUCUGCUGAUGUUAAGGAAAGGAUUCUAACUGAACUUCUAGUCUGGUUGGAAGACUGGCAUUCCAUUUUGUCUGAGGCAACAAUCAAAGAAGAAGAUGAAAGAGAUUACUACCACUGGAUAUCAGGCAUGGAUGCUUUGCCAGAUACCCUCAGUGCUGCUGAGCUCAACGUCAAUUCACUGAUUGCCUUUAGCGUUUAUUUCUUAAAAGACAAGAAAAGAUACAAGAAAAGAUUAGCAUCCAGAGGUACCAUGUGGAAAGCCUGGAGAGAAAAGGUUCUCAGGAAACCUGCAGCUGGAAGUCCUAUGAAACCAGAACAAAUGAUCAAGGAAGAAGUCUUAACAAGCAACAAGGUUUCUGAAAUCCUUGGCAUGCUGCAGGAACUCAUUAGCUCUAACAUGUUCAACAAAGGUGAAAUUAAUGCUAUUAAAUACAUAGCCUCAACUGCAGCAAACCUUCACAAGGCUUUGGGGUUCCAAAAUCAAGAGAUUAAAAAUCUAAUUUUCCAAUGUACCACCAUGGGAUCAGAAAUAAAAGAGUAUUAUGGAUUGGAGAAACAGACCUUUCAGCGGACAAUACAAAUCCUCAGUGAUAAAAAUGAGGCACUUGAGAAGGAACUGCAAGAUCAAGAAGAAAAAUGCAUGGAACUUCUUCAGGCCAAAGCCAAUUUGGAACAUCAGCUGAGUAUGGCGAAUUUAGGGUCAAACUUACCUUCUGAGGAAGCUAUUAGAAAAAGGAGGAAUAUGCUCCUAAGGAUACAGGAAAAAAUCAGGCAGGAAUUUGAGGAGGCAGUCUCAUCUGAGGAAUCUUCACAGAUAGAUCUGCCCUCAGUUCCAGAAUACCUGGAAGUACCCAGGAGAGAGCCUUCUGGCAAAAGAUUGGCCAGAGGUACUGCUAUCAAAUGGGACCUAAGCAAAAUCAGGCUUGAUUCAUCUUCAGAUAGUAAAUCCUCCUCGUCGCCAAUGUCCCCUACCAGUCCUGGGAAAACCCCCGUAAGAUCUUCAAAAGAUGUCCCUGAAGAUCAUUCUAGAGUUACUUCCCCUGAUAGUCUCUCUCCAACGAGGGCCACGAGUCGUACUAAGCUACAGACAACCAGAGGAAAACCGAAAGAAAAUCCGGACACAGUAACUGAAUCUAAAUCCCAGGAAAGCAAAGGGGAAUAUGCUCCUUUGACAGAUCCCUCUAAGAUGGGCAGACGUUCGGAGCUGCGCUUGGAGCCACCCGAGAGAAAGAGGCGCAAGGAAACCCGACUCACUCAGGAUGAAGAAAUGGGAAGCGUAACCAAACUUGAUGAGCGACAAGCCGAGAGAAAAAAGCACAAGGAAAGUUCACCAGCUGGUGAGGUAGUAUUGAAGACCACAGAAUCACCCUGGGUUGAAGAGAAAGACUAUGACGACGGUCUAUCGGAUCAGAUUGUUAAACAAAAGACAACCAAAAAGGGAAAAAAGGAAAAGACUGUGCUCGAGGCUAAUCAAGGUAAUGAACCCCAAAUUCUGCAGGACUAUCAGAAAGCUUUAAUGUCUUUUCUGCAACAGAAGAUUGACACCUUGGGGAAGCGUGAUUCUAAGAGUGAAUUUAAGGAACAGCUACAGCCAAAGAACCCAGAGGCUCAAAAGUCAUUAAAAACGGUAAGGGAGAAGAUGGAGGAAUAUUUCCAAAAAAUGGUCGAGACUCUGACUAGUACCUUGAAGAAAUACAGAGAAAAAAAGCCAGAGAAGCCUGGAGAGACUGCUAAAUCGUUAAAGAAAGGAUCGUUGGCCCCACCACCGCCUCAUUCACUUUCGACCUUGACUGAGAAGAUGGAUCCAAUGCUGUCCAACAUGCUCAAAGCGCUCUUGUCUCAAGCUGACGCCGUAAAGGAGGAAGCAGGAGAGAGGGGGGGAAGGGGGCGACGGGAACGCAAGGAAGAGGAAGACAAACUGGACACUGACUUGACGGAUGACCAAAGUUUUCCAAAGAAUCAAGGCAUGCAGUUCAUAAAACAAUUGCAGGAAGAGAGACGCCUCUGGAAGGAGACCCAGGAGCAGAUACAAAGAAAAAUACAGGAAGAGAAUGCGUGGUUCAAGAGACAGGAUGAGAAGAGGAGAUGGGAACUGAAGCAGAGGCAGUGGCAAGCAGAGGAGGAACUGUGGUUGGAAAUGCAGCAGGAGUGGCUGCAGCAGGAGAGGGAGCACGAGGAAAAACGGAGACAGUGGGAGAUCGAAGCAGCUCAGCAUAAAAUGCUGGAUCCCCAGGAGCUGGAACGCUGGAAGGAGCAAAUAGCCCAAAAAUAUCAAGAACAGGUGGAAUUUCAGCUGCGGGAAUUGCGGAGACAAGAGGAAGAGUUUCGAAGGCGGGACCCGGAAAAGUUCGAAGAGUGGAGAAAAUUUAAGCAACAAAUGGAGCAAAAGCAGCAGACCCAGAGAUUAUCACAACAGUUGGGACUACAGACCCAGGAGACUCCGACUCCGCAAUACCUGCAGGCUCCGGUGGGUGAGCACCCUUCAAAGAUGAUGAUGCCAAGUGCCGUGGAGGAGACAUCUUCAGUACAAGACAUGUCAGAUUUAAUAGAAGCCUAUCUUCCUGCUCAGGAGAGAUAUGAUGAAUCCCAUGAAUCCCAUCCACCUUUUUACCCAGCCGCUGUUGCCCCUGUGAAACCCUCCGUACUGGAGUCUCAAACAGGGAUUGCCCCUGGGGAAAGGCCAGUGUCCACAGCUGUCUCUGGGGAAAGCCCAAUGUCACGGGCCCCUACCGACUCUGGGGAAAGUCCAGUAUCCUGGAGCCUUCCCACACCUGGAGAAACCACCACAUCAGGGUACCCUACUACUUCUGGGGAAACUCCCACAUCGGGGGCUUCAGCCCCUGGGGAAACUCCAACACUGGGGACGCCUGUUGUUACUGGGCAGCCCCCAGCACUGAGACCACCUUUAACCACUGGGCAGCCCCCAGCACUGAGACCACCUUUAACCACUGGGCAGCCUGGGCAACCCUUGCCAUCUAGGUUCCCUGCCAUCCCUGAUGAGACCAUAGCCCCCACAUCCUGGGCCACUCCCCACUUUGGGCCACCCCCAAAAUUGCAGGUCCCUGUUUCCCAUGGGCAACCCCAAAUGUCAUGGGUCCCUUCAGUAUCUGGGCAACUCCAAACAUCAUGGGCCCCUACAGCCACUGGACAACCCCAAAUGUCAUGGGCCCCUGCAAUAUCUGGGCACCCCCAAAUAUCAUGGGCUCCUUUAGUCCCUGGGCAACCCCAGAUGUCAUGGGCCCCUGCAGUAUCUGGGCUACCCCAAACAUCAUGGGCCCUUUUGCAGCCCCAAGUAUCAUGGACCACUGUGGAACCUCAACAGGUCUCUCCAACCCCUGUGGCCUCCGGGCAAGCCCAAAUAUCAGCGUGGCCUACUACUCCUGGGCAGCUCCAAGUAUCAUGGGAUUCUAGACAGCUCCCCACAUCUGUGACCAUUGCUGCCCCUGGGGAGCCCCCCACACCUAUAGCCCUUGCUGCCCCUGGACAGCCUCCUCCAUAUGUGGACCUUGCUGCCCCCGGGGAGCCCCCCACAUCUGUGGCCUUUGCUGCCCCUGGGGAGGCCCCCAUACCUGUGGUCCUUGCUGCCCCUGGGGAGGCCCCCACAACUGUGGCCCUUGCUGCCCCUGGGGAGCCCUCCACAUCUGUGGCCUUUGCUGCCCCUGGGGAGGCCCCCACAACUGUGACCCUUGCUGCCCCUGGGGAGCCCCCCAAAGCUGUGGUCCUUGCUGCCCCUGGAGAGCCCCCCACAGCUGUGGCCUUUGCUGCCCCCGGGGAGCCCCCCAAAGCUGUGGCCUUUGCUGCCCCUGGGGAGCCCCCCCUACCUGUGGCCUUUGCUGCCCCUGGAGAGCCCCCCACAGCUGUGGCCUUUGCUGCCCCCGGGGAGCCCCCCAAAGCUGUGGCCUUUGCUGCCCCUGGGGAGCCCCCCAAAGCUGUGGCCUUUGCUGCCCCCGGGGAGCCCCCCACAGCUGUGGCCUUUGCUGCCCCUGGGGAGCCCCCCCUACCUGUGGCCUUUGCUGCCCCUGGGGAACCCCCCAUACCUGUGGCCCUUGCUGCCCCUGGGGAGACCCCCACACCGGUGGCCCCUGCUGUCUCAGGACAGCCCCCCACACCUGUGGCCCCUGCUGUCUUAGUACAGCCCCCCACACCUGUGGCCCCUGCUGUCUUAGUACAGCCCCCCACACCUGUGGCCCCUGCUGUCUUAGGACAGCCCACCACACCUGUGGCCCUUGCUACCCCUGGACUACCCCCUAAACCUGUAGCCCUUGCUGCCCCUGGGGAGCCCCCCAUACCUGUGUCUCCUGCUGUCCCUGGACAGUCCCUGGCAACGUGGCCCCCUGCUGCCCCUGAAGAAAUCUAUGUGCCACAGUUCAUUGCUUCUCCUGGACAGACACUGGUCCCACCUGGGCGACAGUCACUCAAGCCAUUGGUCCCUGACAGCCUUAGGAAGUCCCUGACAACAAAGCUGCCUCCUUCCUUUGAGAAAUUCAUCACAGAAUUGGCCCCUCCUAUAUCUCCGAAGCCAUAUCUGGGGGGUCCUCCUGCUCCAAAGUUUGAAGCACCAUCGUUCCCUCCCACUUCUGGAAAGCCUCCGACAGAAUGGUCCCCAGGAAUUUUGAAGAGAACUCAGCCUUAUACCUUGGAGGAGGAGACUAGUUACAAGACCCUGUCACCUCAACCAUCUUUUAUCGCUGAACGUUCUUUUCCUGCUGUUAAGUUUCCCAAAUCACCGCCUUCGCCAGCCCCUGCUCAGUUUCUCCAAAUAUCACAGCUCGUAUCUUCUGCCCAUAUAUCUCCGAAAGUCCACCUCCCUCCUAUAGAUAAAAAGCUCCUGACUUCGUCCUCUUCUUUGGACAUUGAGAAAUCCAAGGUGACAGUGCCCCCUUCCUCUCCCGGAGAUUACUUUGUAUCUUCUCCUCCCCCUGAGGAAAAUAGAUACGUUAUCGAUGUUGAGGGCCAAAGGAAGAACCUGGCGAUCCUUAGCCGGGCCGUAGAAAGCUUUCGACUGCCCGUAAUGGUGCAUCAUGCAGCUAAGGAACUAAUAAAUGAGACACAUUAUUCGAACCUAAUCAGACUGGGGUGCCUCUUCCGAAAGUACAUUGCCUAUAGGCUGAUCCAGAACGCCAGGCAAAACAUAAUCAAUCGAAUAAAAGUCAUUAGGAAUUCUGGAAAAGGCUAUGAAGCCCAGAUCCUUUACUUGUUUUUGAGUAGAAUUGAUGCCUAUCAGAAAAAAAUAAUGGAGGCAUGGACAAUUAAGCAAAGGAUUUUGGAGCACAGACGCAAUACAUGCACAACAAAGAUGAUAGACUUAUAUCGCCAGGUUCAAAAGAAAUUUAACCUGAAACUUAAUUAUCCAGUAUCCUUGGUCAUCCACAAAAAAGAGCCAGAGCAUCCUUUGAAACCUGUCUGCUUCAAACAUGUGGUUCGAUGGCCACUUCCAGAGAAGGUGGAAAAGGAAAAAGAACUUGAAAUAUUCAAGAAACUUGAGAAACAGAAGGACAAGGUAGAGUCCAUUUGGCGGGCUGAUUUGUCCACCUCCAGUUUCCCAAUAGAAGCAAAGACACCUAUGAAAUUUCUCUGGGAUCAGUUUGGUGGGUAUCCAGAUAUUCCCAGACUUUUGGAAUUAGAUGUCCGUUCUACCUUCAACAAAUCUCUUGCAUCUAUUCAGUCAAGUAGCAGAAGGAUGGUGUUAGAUGGUUUUCACUGUCUCAUGUGGCCCAAUGCCCUAGAGCCAAGGACAAAUUACUCUGUUUUUGAGAAUACCCACAGUACUUUGCCCUCGUCAGACCUCGUAUGGAGUAUCGUGUUUAGUUUUGGAUGCUAUAGCGUAGAAAAGACACUGAAAAGCUGGAGUGAGUCCAGAGGAGGGCAACCUAUGAUGGUGAAAGACCCCGAAUCUGUGUUGUAUGAGGAUCGGUUAAUGCAACUCAGAAUGUUUAGCUCAGAAUAA